CGUAGCUAAGAGGAGGAGCACCCUGUUUACUAGUCCGCUUUUCCAGAAGCAGAGGAGCUGAGGAAUCACACGUCUUCGCUUCGCUCACCCAGGCCGAUCGAGAGAGGUCACUGUCGAGGCCCCGGCGGCUGGCCAUGGCGACGGCCGCCCCGGCUGCCGGCGCGGACUGCUGGCAGCGCACCGUGGUAGUCGCGACGCUGUCGAGGACCAGCGCCGCCUUCCUCUUCCUCUCCGUCGUCGUCGUCGGAGCGGUCGUGUCGGCUCGCUACAUCAUCACCACCACCGCCGCUUUGCAGGGUCGCCUGACGCGCCUCCCCACCACCGUGGCCAUUCCCGCCGCCGCAGUCCACCCAGAAACACAACACUCGCUGCCGGCGCGGCUGUCCGCACCAGCUCCUCCCCCUUCCCGGCCGCCGCGUCCCACCUACUUCAUCUCCUGCCCCACGCCACCUCUCCGCGCCCUGAACCUCUCCCUCCCCGCCAAAACACCCCAAACCUCGCAAACCCUCGAUCGCGCGCUCUCCUCCUCCUGCCCAUCCUCCCCCAGACCUCUACCACCCGCCGCCUCCCCGUCCUCCAAUUACUCGUGCCCCUCCUACUUCCGCUUCAUCCACGAAGACCUCCGCCCAUGGCGCGACGCGGGAGGGAUCACCCGCGCCAUGCUCGACCGCGCCCGCCUCACCGCCAGCUUCCGCCUCGUCGUGCUCGGCGGGCGCGCUUACGUGCAGCGGUUCCGCCCGGCGUUCCAGACCCGCGACCUCUUCACCAUCUGGGGCGUCCUCCAGCUGCUCCGCCGCUACCCCGGACGCGUCCCCGACCUCGACCUCAUGUUCGACUGCGUCGACUGGCCUGUCGUCCGCGCUCACCUCUACCGCGGGGAGCACGCCAAAGUCAUGCCGCCUCUGUUCCGGUACUGCGGGGAUGAGAGGACGCUGGAUAUCGUCUUCCCGGAUUGGUCGUUCUGGGGAUGGCCGGAGAUCAACAUAAAGCCAUGGGAUGCCAUGCUGGAGGAUUUGAAGGAUGCUAAUAAUAGGGUGAGAUGGUCGGAUAGAAAACCUUACGCUUACUGGAAAGGGAAUCCGUCAGUUUCUGUGACACGGCAGGAAUUGGUUAGGUGUAAUGUCUCUAGCACGCAAGAUUGGAACGCAAGGAUCUACAAUCAGGACUGGUUCAAAGAGAGCAAGGCAGGGUAUAAGCACUCAGGUUUGGGUAGUCAAUGCGCUCACAGGUACAAGAUCUAUAUUGAAGGAUCAGCAUGGUCAAUCAGUCAGAAAUAUAUACUAGCAUGUGAUUCAAUGACACUGUUGGUUACACCAAAAUACUAUGAUUUCUUUUCAAGGUCACUUAUGCCGAUUCAGCAUUAUUGGCCUGUUCGGGAUGACAAUAAAUGUGGCUCCAUAAAAUAUGCUGUUGAUUGGGGCAACUCUCACAAGCAACUGGCACAACGCAUAGGAAAGCAAGCAAGCAAUUUCAUUCAGGAAGAGCUCAGUAUGGACUAUGUUUAUGACUACAUGCUUCACCUUCUAACUGAAUAUGCCAAGCUCCUAAAGUUCAAGCCAACUAAGCCACCUGAAGCUAUUGAGGUCUGUUCUGAGUCUUUGGCCUUCCAAGCUGAAGGCCUCGAGAAGAAGUUUCUUGUGGGAUCCAUGGUGAAGUCGGUCCAUGAUGCAGGUUCAUGUGAUUUGCCUCCUUCCUUUGGCCCUCAUGAACUCAAGAUGCUAAAACAGAGGAAAGAAAAUUCAAUAAAACAGAUUGAAACGUGGGAGCAAAGAGCUUCGAGGGCUUAGAUUGAGCCCUUGACUCUCUCUUUUUUUUAUCCAAGCACAGUCAUAAAUAAUUGGUUGGUUAUUUAGGAUUUAUGAUCUAACUCAGUGUCAUUGUAGUGCUAACAAAUACCAAGCGUUCGUUGACUGAAAUUAUUGUGCAAGCAUCUAGAGAAAUUGAGCAAAUACCAGCCUUUCUUUGGCAGUUUUUUCUUAAA